AGGUAUGUAAUAAUGGGGAGGUGUUAGGUACAAUAGCAUCUACUAUUUAAUAGCUGCGGAAGUACAAACAUUAAUAGCAACCAGGUCGGGAUUACACGAUGACAUUGUAUGGUAAUCAUUUGUUGAAAAGAAGCGGCGGAGUUCGGGGGCGGGUUAUGUUCAUCCCGUGCUUUAUGAUCGGAGCAAGCCUGCUGUUUAUGGUCCAGGUCAUCAACUUUCAGCAGGGGGUUACAUUUUGGUACAACACCGGCAUGGAGACACCUCCACCCCGGGGUGGCGGCGAGAGGGCGGAUUUCAUCCAGCAGACAGAGCGACGUGACCGGGCUGCUCUGGACGUGGAGUCCAAGAUCCUCCAGGAGACCAGGAACCGCACCAUCGGGACCAUGUGCAGCCAGAAGAACAUGCCCCACGAUUUAUGGUCCCUGGCGCCCCCGCAGAGGAAGACCUUGCUGCAGCACGUGCUGGUGAACGACAAGUACGGCUUCCUCUACUGCUACGUCCCCAAGGUGGCCUGCUCCAACUGGAAAAGGGUCCUUAAGGUCCUAAACGGGGCGCUGGAGAACGUGGAAGUCAAAGGGAAGAUGGACCACCAACAUGACCUCGUCUUUUUGGCCUCCAUGAAACCAGAGGAGAUCCGUUACCGCCUCAAGCACUACUUCAAGUUCAUGUUUGUGCGAGAUCCCAUGGCGCGCCUGCUGUCCGCGUACAGGAACAAGCUCGGAGAGAUGGAGUCCUACCAAAAAAAAUACGGCGUCGAGAUCAUCAAGCGUUACAGGAAGGGCCGCCCGCUUGAUAACUCGCCGAUAACCGGAGAUGACGUCACUUUUGCAGAGUUUGUCCAUUACCUGCUGGAUGAGGAUGCGGAGCACAUGAACGAGCACUGGAUGCCAAUGUACAACCUAUGCCAGCCUUGCGCGCUCACCUACGACUUCAUCGGCUCGUACGAACACCUAGAAAUGGAUGCCGAGUUUGUGCUCCAGCAAAUCGGGGCUCCAGCGCACGUGCGCUUCCCAAAGAGACAGUAUUGGUACAAGCCCGUCACCCCAGAGACGAUACAGUAUUACCUGUGCAGCCUUCCACAGAAGCUGCUGAGGGAACUCCUUCCAAAGUACAUCCUAGACUUCUCCCUCUUCACGUAUGCCCUCCCAAACAUAAACGCUCAGUAUUGCCGGCAAUAAAAGUUUGUUUAAAAAAUGUGUACUAUAGUGUUUACUUCACAAGCACUGGAUUAGAGAUGUCCCGCAAUUGUGGACUUUCCAACCAUUCUAU